UAUAGGGGGUGAGCCUUGAGAAAUAGGAGGAGGAGCCUCGCAACGACUAGAAAUGUCAAUCAGAGCAAGGAGUCCCAAUAAUCUAAGGCAAUCUGUAAGGACCUGACCUUAGUCCAUUCAGAUCAAUAGGAGAGCGAGGGAGGGGAGAGCGCGAGCGGAUCGUUUACACUCGGUCGUUGUGGAGGAAAUACAGACUUCCCUUUGCACUCGGCGCUCACUGUAAAGUGGAUAUCGCAGCGCGCAUCGAGAAGAAGGGGCGACUCGUCGCUUUUGUUGUGAACGCAGCAGUCCUUUCGGGGUUGUGUGUGUCUUUUUUUCCACCCUUUUUCUCCUUCUUCCCUUUCCCCCCCAAAAACCACGAUGUCCUUCCCGCAGCUGGGAUAUCAGUACAUCCGGCCGAUAUACCCGCAGGAGAGACAGGGCAUAAGCGGCGGGCGCAACGGGCCAGAGCUGAGCCCGUCCGGCGCACUCUCCAGCGUGCUCUCCUCUAUGUACGGAUCUCCGUUCGCUGCAGCGCAGACCUACGGAGCUUUCCUCCCGUAUUCCAACGACUUGUCCAUUUUCAACCAGCUGGGGGCUCAGUAUGAGCUAAAGGACAGUCCUGGUGUCCAGCACCCAGCAUUCGCCACUCAUCACCCUGCUUUCUACCCCUACGGCCAAUAUCAGUUCGGUGAUCCAUCCAGACCUAAAAACGCCACCCGGGAGAGCACGAGUACGCUGAAGGCCUGGCUCAGCGAGCACCGAAAAAACCCGUACCCCACGAAGGGUGAGAAGAUUAUGCUGGCCAUCAUCACCAAGAUGACCCUCACCCAGGUGUCCACCUGGUUCGCCAACGCCAGGAGGAGGCUGAAGAAGGAAAAUAAGAUGACGUGGGCGCCCCGGAACCGCACGGAUGAGGAAGGCAACGUGUACGGCAGCGACCACGAAGGGGAGGACGGGGACAAACGCGAGGACGAGGAGGAGAUCGACUUAGAGAACAUUGAUACGGAGAACAUCGAAAGUAAGGACGACCUAGACGAGCAGGACGAGUUGCACUCCGACUUGAAACUGGACGGCAGCUGUGACUCGGAGGUCUCUGAUGGCUAUGAGGAUUUACACGGGCCCGAGCAAAAGUUUUUGAAAGCGGUGGUCAAGGAGGGCAAAGAUGUGCAUGUAGACCGGGCCGACCACUUUCACCACCACCAUCAUCAUCACCACCUCCACCACUCUCUGGACCUCAAAAUGCAGGCGCCCAAUGGCGAGCAAAUCAAACUCAACCAGAUCCCCAACUCUCCCCCCAACGAAAACAACGCGCCCCCAGCCCAGAAACCCAAGAUCUGGUCUCUGGCUGAGACGGCAACGACCCCGGACAAUCCACGCAAAUCUCCUCAAAUGAACGGGACCCCCUCGGGGCCUGGAGCCCAGACCAUCGUCCCUCCUCACAGACUCAUCUCGUGCCCAGUUGGGAAAAUUCAGAACUGGGCAAACCGGGCGUUUUCAGCGCACCAACUCGCAUUACUGAACUCGAACCACUAUUUGGGACUGGCCAACCAGGCUUCGGCCAACGGCUUGACCCUCUACUCCAACAGGCAAGCGGAGGAGCGGAGUCCCAGCUCAGAGACUGCGGCCACAGGUACAUGUCACCCUCACUGAGACUGUUCGGACAAUUUUUCAGACAUUUACAGACUUAUUAAGAAGAAUUGCUUUCCUUUCAGUAGACUUUACACGUAUUUUUUAAAUGUCCACAUCAAUGACUUCAUAAAACACUUCAAAUGUGUCAUAGGGGUUCUUACCAGAAGCAAGGAGCAUGCUCAUUUUGGACAGGGAUGAAAAAGCUAAUUAAAAUACUUUAAUUUAUUUGUUCUUUAAUUCAAUUGCUGUAGCUGAAUAAUAUUUGAAAUUGAAAUGGGUGCUGGCGUUCAUGUAAAAAAUACAGCUGUUUUAAAUUUUGUCCGUUAUAAAAAAAAAGAAGCUCAAAACUUUCCAAUAGGUUAAAUAUAAUGAUUCAUUCUGGUUGUUGUUGAUGGUGAUAUGAUAGUGCCUUGGAAGCAGAGUAAAAUAAAGUUAAAAACAGCCUUCCAACCUAAAAACGAUAAUACAGAAAUUGUUUUUGCGGGUAAAUACUUUUUAACCUACUGUUGCAUUGGGCGUUUACAUUUUAGUAUAUAUAUAUAUAUAUAU